UUAAAUAAUUUCUUAAAGAUGGAUCAGUGGGAUUGCUUUCAGCAUGCUUAUAUUUUCUUUUGCCUAUCUAGAAGGUUUCAAAGGACAAUGCUUUUUUUUUGCUUUUGCCUAUUGCUUUUCUCUCCCUCCUAGUACCCUCAGGGGGAAAUGCAAGUACUCCUGACAAUGGCGGAUCAGAUAAUACAACGACGGUUAGUCCAACUGAAUCACCAAAUGGACAAAGUACCAUUGAUAUGGUAAAUCCAACUAAAUCACCAAAUGGACAAAGUACCACUGAUAUGGUAAAUCCAACUAAAUCACCAAACGGACAAAAUACCACUGAUUUGGUAAAUCCAACUAAAUCACCAAACGGACAAAGUACCACUGAUAUGGUAAAUCCAACUAAAACAACCCCUGUUGACGUACCAACUAAACCAGACAACGGGUCAGGAACCACUGGAAUGGUUGAUACAAGCCCACUUUCUACCGACUCUGCUAUUCCCACAAAGAGACCACCUGGUAGCACAACUCCCUUGGUUGUACCAACAAAGCCAGGCUCGGGUUCUACCGAUGUCACUAAUGAUAAUGGCAGUGGUACAUCAGGUAAAAUUAGUCAGCCAUGACUUGACUCCAUCUUAAACAACUUAACGUUUGUGACGCUACUAGCACAGCAUAAAAGCCGUGAACGAUAACUUGACUAUCAGUAAUACAGCGUUAAAUUCGCGUAACGUGACUUGACUACAACUUUGAACAAUGGGACUUAAUUCUUACAAACAAAUUACAUUGUAAAGAUAUUUUUUUAAAAGAAGGCAGUUAUGGCAAUACAGAAAUUGAAGUAAGUUUAAGCAUCAAGAAAGCUUUUUUGAAA